CUUCUGUGCGAUUUGAACCUGCUACCUCUCGAUCCAUAUAUCACUGCCUAUCCCACUGAGCUAAUCUGGCACUUACCAAAAAUGUGUAUUUUAUUGUAUAAAUGAAAUGCUUUGGAAGCUGAACAACAGCUGAAAUAAAUUUGAAGAAGCGCUGUUUAUUUGUCGAACAAAAGCUGAAAAUAAUUAUCGGAAUUUUAGUUGAAUAACUUCUGAAUACUUUCUGCAAAAGUAAACAACGCCACAUUCACUAAAUUUUAGCUGAAUUGAGAUUGAUUAUUAGCAGAACAAAACACUCCUGGGAUUUACCGCGAAAAUACUGUCUUGUCUGUAAACGGAGAUCAAAAUUUAUUUGUUUUUCCUAUUUUUAUAGUGAUUUUUGCGUAAGUUUUAAGUCAAAAUGAAUAGGUGUAAUCCAGAACCCCAUUUUAAAAUCGUUGAGACGAUAGAAGCUGGAAGGUCGGUCUUAACUGUUGUUCCACACAAGUGGAUAAAAAACAAAAUUUUAUUUUGGCCACCAAAAAACGUGAAAAAUCUGAUAAAGGAUGUCAAUUCUACUCCAGACAUUACGUGGAAUAAAAUAAUAUGUCGCAUCAAAAGAAAUUAUUAUAAAAAUCGCAUUGCAGCUGAAACUGAACUUUUAGAAAUGUCGGGAGGUUCGGCAACGUCUUCAACUGAUUCCGAGGUUUUAGGAGAAAUGAAAGAAAAAAAUAAAGUAAGAAACACAAAAAAGGUCACUAGUCAACAAAAUUUUGAAACUCUGUUUGCAUCAUCAUCGUCAAAAUUUUGUUCGUUUCAACCAAUCAUACCGGAAGAAACUCCUGAGCCUGUUGUUGAAAGCGAAAAUAUAAUUUUGGAAACCAAUUUUUCGGAUGAGGCAAUUAUUUCUCCUGAAGCAAUUGCAAAUGCGCAGUUUUUAAAUGUCAUCGAACAGCCUUUGAUUGGAGAAGAAAGUAAAAACGACAUUAUUAACAAGUUGAAUGACAUUGAGCAAACAUUUAAUCAGUUUAAAAAUGAUAUAACAGAGAGCGUAAAAGAUAUGUUGGUGAAGGCAGUUGCGGCAAUUAAAUCAGAUUUUGAUGCCAAAUUAUUGUCAGCAAUGCAGAAUUUUAAAAACAAUCAUCAGGAUGAUGACAAUAUUCAAUUUGAAUUUCAUGCCGUUUCAACCUCACAGGAGUUAAGUCAAUAGAGGAAAAUCUCAAAGAUCCAAAUUAUG